UUUGCUGCGUGCUGUCGGUGCUGUUUGUCCAGCCGUCGCUCCAACAAUGCAGCUUUUAAUGGUGCUGUGAGCGGUGCGAAUUGAAAACGCAGUAACACCGCAGGUUUGUCCGGAGACUGUGGCCGCACAUAUUCAACAUUACAAGGUUUUUACAGUCUGACAAACCUGCUAAGGGGCCGAGACGGAGUUUUUAGGACCCCCUUGGACUCUUUCUGUUGGGUUCAUGUAUUAAAAACGAGAGGAGAUCAGAGGUCUCCUUUUUUGUUGAAUUCCUGAUGACCUGUCAGAAGAUGAGUACAUCACAGACAAAUGCGACCAGCCCUGAAUUGCAUCACUAACCUGUGAGCAGCCAUGCCCUUCUUGCAUCACCCAUCAAGGGGCACGCCUCCCCACAUGUGGGACUGUUUUUUGACAUAGAUUUGGAACAGUAUCUUGAUACUAGAAAUGGCUUUGGCCUCUGUGUGCUGUGAUCCCUCAGAGAACGUAUUAGAAUAUAGGUGAGGCUGAAUUUUUAGCCAACACCCACAGGAUCUGUAAGCGAACGUACAGCGACGUUACAGGAGGACCUAGCUGCACCCUGGCUUUGAUGAUUUAAUAUCCAACUUGCUGCCUUGCUGACAAGGUUGUACCAUGGCUGCUGCUGAUCCCCAUAGCAACGGUUCCUUGAUGGGGCAAGGAGGAGACUGAGAGGCAAAAAUGCAGCGUAACGGUGGUGGAGUGGGUUCAGUUGGCCAGCCAUGGGUGUUGCGGCGUGUGCGUCUCACCUGGCUCAGUUUUAUGCUUUUCUUCAUCCUGGUCUUCUUCCCACUCAUCGCUCACUACUACCUCACUACCAUUGAUGAAGCCGGUGGUCCGGACAAGCGCAUUUUUGGGCCCCGACCUGGCGGCGAACUGUGUGAGGCAAAACAUGUGCAGGAUCUGUGCCGCAUCCGUGAGUCGGUCAGUGAGGAGCUGCUGCAGCUGGAAGCGAAGAGGCAGGAGCUUAAUGGGGAGAUUGCCCGACUCAAUCUGCGCAUUGAAGCCUGCAAGCGCAGCAUUGACAGCGCCAAGCAAGAUCUGCUGCAGCUGAAGAAUGUAAUCAGCCAAACAGAGCAUUCCUAUAAAGAACUGAUGGCCCAGAAUCAGCCCAAGCUGUCGUUGCCUGUCAGGCUCCUGCCGGACAAGGAGGACCCAGGCCUGCCCCCGCCCAAGUCUGCGCGCUCCUGCCGCCUACGCUCAUGCUUCGACUAUGCCCGCUGUCCUCUUACAUCUGGGUUUCCUGUUUAUGUCUAUGACACAGGCUCCUAUUCAUGGGGGGACUAUAUUGACCCACUUGUUAAACAGGCUUUUGCCGCGUCAGUCAAGAGCAACAUUUAUGUAACUGAUAACCCCAGCAUCGCAUGUCUGUAUUUAGUGCUUGUAGGGGAGCUACAAGAAUCUCCCUCCUCUAAACUGCCGUUUCCUUCAGAGUUGGAGAAGCAACUUAAAGCACUUCCUUACUGGAGAUCUGAUGGACACAACCAUGUACUGGUGCAUUUCUCCAGAAAGUCCAUGACACAAAAUUUCCUGUAUAAUGUGAGCACAGGGCGAGCAGCAGUCGCCCAGUCUACCUUCCUGGAGCAGCAGUACCGUGAGGGCUUUGACUUAGUUGUGUCCCCGCUUGUCCAUGCACUCUCUGAACCAAACUUUUUGGAAGUGCCCCCUCAGGUUCCUGUAAAGAGGAAAUACCUCUUCACCUUCCAGGGGGAAAGGGUGGAGUCACUGAGGAGCAGUUUACAGGAAGCCCCUCCCCAGUCAUUUGAAGAGGAGAUGGAAGGAGACCCACCAGCAGACUAUGACGAUCGUAUUAUCGGCACUUUGAAGGCAGUGCAGGAUAGUCACUUAGAUCAGGUGCUGGUGGAGUUCACCUGCAAGAACCCACAGCCAAGUUUGCCAACUGAGUGGGCUCUUUGUGGAGGGAGGGAGGAAAGGCUGGAGGUACUCAAGGCAUCUACUUUUGCCUUGGUUAUUGCUCCAGGAGACGGACAGGUGGUGGCCUCAGCCGGCUGUGGGAUGAGACUUUUUGAGGCUUUAGAGGUUGGGGCCAUCCCAGUCCUUUUAGGGGACCAUUUCAAACUACCUUAUCAUCAGUUUAUUCGUUGGAGUGAAGCUGCCAUAAUUGUCCCUAAGCCUCGUGUCACAGAGCUACACUUCCUGCUGCGCAGCUUGUCAGACAAUGAUAUGUUAGCAAUGAGGCGGCAGGGCCGCUUCCUGUGGGAGACAUAUUUCUCAACCUCAGAGAAUGCUCUUAACACUAUCCUGGCCAGCAUCAGAACCAGCGUACAGGUUCCUGCUGCACCCAUCAAAGAAGAGCCGGCACAGGAGAUUCCUCACAAAGCUGGGAAGUUGGCAGGUACCGACGCCAACCUGGCAGACAAUGGUGACCUGGAUCUGGGUCCUGUGGAGACUGAGCCUCCUUAUGCCUCCCCACGCUUUCUCCGCAACUUCACAUACACAGCUGCAGACACUUACAGGACAUGGAACCGCGCCCCAGGGCCCUUCCAUUUGUUCCCUCACACACCACUGGACCCUGUGCUGCCCUCGGAGGCCAAGUUUCUGGGCUCAGGUACUGGUUUCAGACCCAUUGGUGGAGGCACAGGAGGCUCUGGGAAGGAGUUUCAGGCAGCUUUAGGAGGGAACAUGCCACGAGAACAGUUCACAGUGGUCAUGCUGACAUACGAGAGAGAGGAGGUGCUGAUGAACUCUCUGGAGAGGCUGAAUGGACUGCCAUAUCUCAACAAAGUUGUGGUGGUGUGGAAUUCACCUAAACCUCCUUCAGAUGACCUGCUAUGGCCUGAUAUUGGCUUGCCGAUUGUGGUUGUUCGCACAGAGAAGAACAGCCUCAACAACCGCUUCCUUCCCUGGGACGCAGUGGAAACCGAAGCCAUCCUGUCAAUAGACGACGAUGCUCAUCUCCGACAUGAUGAGAUCAUGUUCGGGUUCAGAGUGUGGCGGGAGGCCAGAGAUCGCAUUGUUGGUUUCCCCGGGCGAUACCACGCAUGGGAUGUCAACCAUCAGUCCUGGCUGUAUAACUCCAACUACUCCUGUGAGCUCUCCAUGGUCCUGACAGGAGCUGCUUUCUUUCAUAAGUACUACGCCUAUCUGUACUCCUACGUGAUGCCACAGGCCAUCAGGGACAUGGUGGACGAGUACAUAAACUGUGAGGACAUCGCCAUGAACUUCCUGGUCUCUCACAUCACUCGCAAGCCGCCCAUCAAGGUAACAUCUCGUUGGACUUUCCGCUGUCCUGGCUGCCCUCAGGCCCUCUCACACGAUGACUCACAUUUCCACGAGCGCCACAAGUGCAUCAACUUCUUCGUCAAAGUGUAUGGCUACAUGCCACUGCUUUACACACAGUUCCGAGUUGACUCUGUGCUGUUCAAGACUCGUUUGCCCCACGAUAAAACCAAGUGCUUCAAGUUCAUCUAGCAUUGGGCUUAGUGGCCCAGCAAGGAGCCAAAAGCAGAGUGGAUUGAAGGACUGGAAGUAUUUAAAGUAAACAGCAGCGCACCCAACUGCUCACAGAGAUUUGGAUGGAUGGAUGGAUGGACUGCCAGAUAAAUGCAAUGAGGGAAAGUUGUGGGUUAGGAUUUUGCCUAAGGGAUGGACAAGUUAACCUUAAAAGCUGCUGGCUGACAGUCUAAUCCACAACUCUACUGAAAAUUUUAGGAGUGGAAGCUGAAAGGGACCACUGCCAACAAAAUAAGCCUUUUCAGUGGAUGUCACAUCUCCUUUUUUUUUUCAUGUUCUUCAAUCAUGUUCAAUCCUCAACCACUACAGAUAUCAUUUGCACCUCUACACGGCCUGGUGAGGAACUAGGCCGCUUGUACACAGUGUACAGAAACUCUCCCAGGAUGAACUCUUCUUGACAGUGGAGCUCGGACUUACAGACACACAGUUAAGCACAGCAGCCUGUUGAACUGACCAGCAGUUUUAUCCGGAGAGCAAAAGUGGCAACGGUGCUGGGUUGCCACUUUUUUUUUCUCCUGGCAUUCUCCAUUUUACAGUCACAAACUGUACUUGUUGUACUUGUACAUGAGAAGCACUGAUGGUGAGAAGUAUUUUAUUGAACAAUCUUGUUUUUUUUUGUUUUUGUUUUGUUUUUUUUUAUCAUGUUGUUUAAAUGUGUAAAUCUCUACGUGGAAUGAACAUUUUCCAGAAACUUUGCCUGUGGGAGAUCAGACACAGACUCGUCAAGUCUGAGAACGAGACAGGACCUAGACUGAAGACUAAAACAGAUCGGCCCCGUCAUGUUUAUUAGUGUUACAUGGUCAAGAAGGAAUUCACGUCAGUGGUCACCAUAAUGCCUCAAAUCUGUCAUGAAAACCAGCCGCCGUUUUGUCAUUUUGGUAUGCUUACAGGCACAACACUCUUUAAUGGAUGUUUUUAAUGCUAUAGGGUGUUUACUAAUGUUUGUAAAACUGUUCCCAGGGUGACGUAGUCAUGUUUCAGUGUAAUAAUGUUGACCAAUCUCUGGUUGCAGUGUCCCUUACUGAAGAGCAACAAAAUCCUAAAUCACAGCUGCCAAAAUAAACAAGUUACUGAUUAAGUCUAAUUAUGGAUGUAAUGAUACAAAAAAUCUCCCAUUUAAUUUUAGUAGAUGACAGAGAUCAUGGUAAAUAAGAGGUUUAAUAUAUGACUUUGGAACAGAAGUGUUAGAUAUGUCCCAUCAUGCUCCUCUCUGUGAUGAACUUUCCCACCUCAGUCAGAAAAGUCACUUUAUAUUUUUGCCAUAUUGGUUUCUCUGUUCUUUUGGGUUUUGUUUUAUUAUUUUUUUUACCAUAGCUUGAUGAAUGUUUUCUUUGCCAAAUAGGUACGAUGUCUGCUGUUUUUCCAGCGUAACUUGCGGGCCAGAGCGCACAGUGUGAAUGCUUGCUAAAGAAAUGCAGUCUGGUACAGCCAUAUCCAUGGUACCUUACCAGGAGUCAGUCCAUCAGAGCCAAUCCCAUCAUGUCCUUUAUUUGACCUAUUUUUCUUUAUUCCAAGCAAAAGAUCCACAAAUCCCUUUAAAAAGAUAUUCAAAGAAGUGUUAUUUCUGAAUGAGGCUCUAGCUGUGAGGAUGCUUUUAUGAAAUAAAUGCGCGUAAGUCCAAGGUUCCUGUAUAUUUAUUGAAUAUAUUAUUAAAAAAGAUUUU